AUGGCGGAUGAAAAACAAAAGGCUGCACUUGAAAAGGAUACAAGUGCAAUAAAAAAAGUUUUGUCAACCAAGUCGUUGGGUUUAAUCAAAGCAUGGGAAGAAAGCGAGAAAACAAAAGUAGACAACAAGACAAAUAAAAAGUUAUCUAAUGUUGUUGCAUGGGAGCUCAGCAAGCAAGCAUACAUUGAUGCGCGACAGAAGAAGUUUGAGCAAAAACUAGAAAGGAAGAAGGCAAUGUACGUAGAAAAGAUGCAAAACAAAGUUGCUGAGAUUCAUAAGAAAGCAGACGAAAAAAGGACGAUGGUUGAAGAUGUGAAAGAGGAAGAACGUACAAAGGUAAAAGAGAAGGCUGACAAAUUCCGUGAAAUUGGGCAUGUACCAAAGAAAAUUCUAUGUUUUAACUUUUGAAAUUUGUGUGUGUUUGUGUGUUUUUUUGUUUUGUGUGCUUCACUCGAUAGUUUUUAGUAUACAACAUGUGAAAUUUAAUGCCAAUGUUGGGCAUAUAUUUAUGUAACCCAAGGCUAA